AGUUCCUACAACAUGGCAGACAUUGACAACAAAGAACAGUCUGAACUUGAUCAAGAUUUGGAUGAUGUUGAAGAAGUAGAAGAAGAAGAAACUGGUGAAGAAACAAAAAUCAAAGCGCGUCAGCUGACUGUUCAGAUGAUGCAAAAUCCUCAGAUUCUUGCAGCUCUUCAAGAAAGACUUGAUGGUCUGGUAGAAACACCAACAGGAUACAUUGAAAGCUUGCCUAGGGUAGUUAAAAGACGAGUGAAUGCUCUCAAAAACCUUCAAGUUAAAUGUGCACAGAUAGAAGCCAAAUUCUAUGAGGAAGUUCAUGAUCUUGAAAGGAAGUAUGCUGUUCUCUAUCAGCCUCUAUUUGAUAAGCGAUUUGAGAUCAUUAAUGCAAUUUAUGAACCUACAGAAGAAGAAUGUGAAUGGAAACCAGAUGAAGAAGAGGAAAUUUCGGAGGAGCUGAAAGAAAAGGCCAAGAUAGAAGAUGAGAAAAAGGAUGAAGAAAAAGAAGACCCUAAAGGAAUUCCUGAAUUUUGGUUGACUGUUUUUAAGAAUGUUGACUUGCUCAGUGACAUGGUUCAGGAACAUGACGAACCUAUUCUGAAGCACUUGAAAGAUAUUAAAGUGAAGUUCUCAGAUGCUGGCCAGCCUAUGUUUAUCUUAGAAUUUCACUUUGAACCCAAUGAAUAUUUCACAAAUGAAGUGUUGACAAAGACAUACAGGAUGAGGUCAGAACCAGACGAUUCUGAUCCCUUUUCUUUUGAUGGACCCGAAAUUAUGGGUUGUACAGGGUGCCAGAUAGAUUGGAAAAAAGGAAAGAAUGUCACUUUGAAAACUAUUAAGAAGAAGCAGAAACACAAGGGACGAGGGACAGUUCGUACCGUGACUAAAACAGUUUCCAAUGAUUCUUUCUUUAAUUUUUUUGCCCCUCCUGAAGUUCCUGACAGUGGAGAUCUGGAUGAUGAUGCUGAAGCUAUUCUUGCUGCAGACUUCGAAAUUGGUCACUUUUUACGUGAGCGUAUAAUCCCGAGAUCAGUGUUAUACUUCACUGGAGAAGCUAUUGAAGAUGAUGAUGAUGAUUAUGAUGAAGAAGGUGAAGAAGCGGAUGAGGAAGGGGAAGAAGAAGGAGAUGAGGAAAAUGAUCCAGACUAUGACUCGAAGAAGGAUCAAAACCCAGCAGAGUGCAAGCAACAGUGAAGCAGGAUGUAUGUGGCCUUGAGGAUAACCUGCACUGAUCUACCUUCUGCUUUCCUGGAAAGGAUGAAUUUACAUCAUUUGACGAGCCUAUUUCAAGUUUUUGUUGUUUGCUUGUUUUUGUUUUUGCAGCCUAAAAUAAAAAUGUCAAAUAUAAUUUUAGUUCUCACAAGAUAAUGUCUUAAUUUUGUACUAAUUCAGGUUAGUCCCAGAGGCUUGGAUUAAGGGUUGUGCCCAGUUUACCAUAUUAUUGACGGAAAGCAUGCCAGCUUCAUAAGCAAGUGGAAGGGGAAAAAAAAAAAAAGACUCUUAAUGAUGUGAUAUAGUUUUAAAAAGCAAAAGAGUUAUAUUUCAUUUCCUUUGGGCUAGAACCAAAGCCCUAAGCCUGUAUGGUUUAUUCUAAUUCUUAUUGCUUUAGUAUGUCAUUUACCCAUGCUUCUGUUUACUGUGUAUUAAAAUGGGUAGUACUGUUUACUUAACUACCUCACAGAUGUGAUAAGGCAUAUUAAGUUAAAUUUCAUGAGCUGUUUCUCAGCCUUUUUAAAAGCUUAAAAAUUUGGGCCUGUUUUGUACCACAAGUGUGAUAUUUGGCAUUUUUUUUUUCAUACCAGGCUUCUGUAAUUAACUGGAAAACGAAGUGAAAACACUUCUCUUCUGGAUCUGGCCAGACAACACUCUUUCAGAUCUGUGCAUGGCCCCUAUUUUAAUGAAAAUUGGAUGGGAUGAGUGAACUAUUCAGUAGGUCCAAGGAUUUUUUUCCAGGGUAUCAGAUGACCAUAAUAACAAAAUACUAUAGAGAUCAUGGGACUAAAGUGGUAAUAAGACCAUUUGGGAAAGGGGAAUGCAAUUAAAUUUGAGACUAUAGAGCCACAUUUAAAAUACCUCAGGCUUAUUACUGUUAAUUUUGGGGGGUGAACUUUUGGUUUGACAGUGAGGGUGAACUAAAUGAAUUGUAACAACAGGAGGGUUUGAGUUUCUGCUGUUAAUAAAAUUACAUUAAGUUCACUUUUAGAAGUAAUAGUUUUCUUUUGAAAAUUUAGUAUUAAGGUUUUAGAAUGUGAAGACAUUUUAUUAUUUGUAUAGAAUUAUCCAUGCCUAUUCCUGAGAUGUUUAACUAACUACUGGAAAUCCUUAACCAAUUAUAAUAGUUUUUUUCCUUCAUUUUCAAAAUGAUUUUGAUUGCUUUGACUUAGAUAGUCUGUAAUUUUUUUUAACCAUAAUCUAAACACAAGCUUUUUCUGAACUUAAAAAUUUUGAUCUAAAGAUAGAAUCCCAUUUUUAAUGAAUUGAAAGAAGCAACAAAAUCACUAUUUUUGUUUUGUUCCUUUAGGAAACAGCUAUGCCAAAGUGAAAAGAUAGUAAUACUUUAUCUUGUUAAAUAAUCGGUGUGGUCUGCACAGGAAUUGUUUUCUUUAUAAAAUUGGAGUUUCAGGGAAUGUCAGUGUUCAUUUAUGCCAUUUCUUCAGUUCCAAAGUGGUUUUAUUCCAUUCUAGAAAUUUGAAAUAUGUAAUUUGAAAUCCUUAAUAAAACUUGGAAUUAAUUUUAUAAAAUAUACUGGUGAUAUUUGGAUUUUUUAAAAACACAUGAAUAUACUUUUUUAAACAUUGGAAAACGGAUAUCUAGAUCAGGCUGUUCUGUGCUUAGUCCGCUGUGACCUGUAAAUCUGUAACAGAGCCACCUCCCUAGUCCUGUUAAAUAGAGUUAAUUUGAAAACUAGAAAGGAAUUCCAUAAUUCUGACAGAUUUUAUUGAAAAUGUAGCUACAGAUACUUUUGAGACACUUCAGAGUUUCUUUUUAUGUGCUUAAUUUUUGGUUUCCACUAACCAAUUCACUAUCAAGUUAGUUCUCUCUUUUUUUUUUCCUAUUAGAAAUGGUAAAAUCCCAUAAAAAAGCUUAUAAGACCUGUCAUGGUCAUUCAAGUAUGACAAGCAGAGAAAGAGUUGAUUAGUCGUUAGUUUAACCUGGAUGUCUGAAAGUCACGUCUGUGUAAUUUCUUAUUCUUUUAUAUAGAUUUAGUGAAGCAGUAUUUGUAAUACUCUUAUCUAGAUGUGAAAAUAUCUUAAUUGUUGGAAUUGGUGAGUUGGUACCUAAGAAAAAUGGGAUUCUACCUCUAUUUCCUUUUGAGCUCGUUUAACAACAAACAUGAAAGGGAGACAUCUUUGGUAGAAAUAUUUUUAUUUUUCUGUGAAUUUAGGUUAACAUAUAACUGAUGUAUGAUAAGGCCCCUGAGAUAACUGGAUUAACAGUGUUGAUAUUACUGCUGCUUGUAAGACAGUAUGAAUUUGUGGAUUUAUCUGAGUUGCUGACUAUUUCCAUUAUUAAAAAUGAAGAUAAAAACUAGAUUGUUUAUGAAAACCUUAUGCCAUGCAGAAAUGUUAAACUAAUGAAAAUAUCCUUUGCUGUGAUUUCAAGGCUUGGUUUAAAAUUUUAGUCCAUUUAUGGAUUUAAUCUUAGAAAGGUUUUUAGCCUUUUAUUUUUGACUAAGCCAAGCCAAAUGCUAUUUUAAAAUUAUGGAACAAAUAGUUAAGUAUAAGUUCUUUGUAGGAACUUUAGAAAAUAGAAAUAUAUAUGUAAUUCAGUUUUUAAAAAAAUCUGCAUUGUAAUAUACUUUAGCGCAAUGAGUGUUCAUAAUUAGGUAAUUUGCCACUUAAAAGCACUAAGUAAAUGUAAGUGAUAAUGGUGAAAUAAUACUGAAAUUAACUUAAUAAAUGUAUACUGGUAGUUUUUGUAUACUGAAUUAAAAAUCCAGAUAUUAAAAUAUAAACUGGAUUAAAAAAAAAAAAAAGGUUCUUGGACUGAUUAAGAUUCACCUGACCACCAUGUAAUUUUGGAGAAAUGGGAACAUUUUUAGUGUAUGAAAUUACUUUCUUUAAGGAGGAGUGUUCAUCCAUAGGAAAUUUUUAAUUUAUGUACUUAGUAUACUGUGUAUCUUGUGUUUCUUUAAUUUGACAUUCUGCUGUACUUUCAAAUUUAUCAGUUAAAUAAGUUUAAUGACUAAAAUUCUUUGGUAUAAAACAAGGGCAGGGGCUGGGGUUGUGGCUUAGUGGUAGACUGCUCACCUAGCACUUGUGAGGUACUGUGUUUGAUCCUCAGCACCACAUAAAAAUAAAUAAAACAGUAUUUAAAAAAAAGACACAAGGGCAUAACAAUUUAGAAAUAAAUUGCUGGCAGGAAAUAAGUCAUCUUAUUUAAAAAUUUUUCAUAUUAGAAAUAUCAUUCAUAGCUUUUGUUGAUCUUUUAAUUACCUGUUUUGAUUUUUAUUAUUUCAGAACUCUGUAGUAUUGCUUAAAAUAAAACCAAUGCUUUUUAAUUUCUCAUGUUUUACACCUAAAAGGAGGAGGAGGAAUUGGCAAUAAGCACUUCAAAAUGCAACUGCCAGAAGUUAACAGAUUUAAUGACAUUUCCAUGAUAAAGUUAGCGAGUUGUUGCUUUAAAAAAUUUAAUGAGGUUAUUCUGGUUUUUGCUAGAGUACUCAAAAUUUGUGUAAGUGUUUUUAGCAGAGAUUUCAAGAAUGAGUAGAAUUUUGUAAAGUGCAAUUCAGGUGGAGGAAUAAAAAAUGUGAUGAUUGUGUAAUCCUUCCAUUGGAAGGCAAGAACAUUCGCAGUCUACCCCAAGUUAUAUAUGACCCCAGAGUCAUAUAUUAAGAAAUUGAAAAGUAAGUAAACGGAUAUAAGGAAGGGAUGAAGAAGUUGUGAACAAGGUGGGAUUCCAGAGCUGUGACUCUCCUUAGUCAAGUUCCAGAUUGAUAUUUUAGGUUCUCUCUGAUUAAUGAUGUGAAUUACUUUUCCUUUAACUUUGAAAUUAUAAUAGUUGAAAGAAUUCUUGUAUAUUCUUAACUUUUGUUGAGUAUUCUCAUAUGCAUGGAUAUAUACUAUUUAUUUCCUGACAUGUUUGACAGAAAGCUGCAGACAUAAUAAACCAUUUACCUCCUCAA